CAGCAACACUAACAUAGUGAGCCAUCGCCCUCUUAACGGUGUCAUGGCGGUUUGACUUGUUGAAGGUUUUUUUGCAAUAAUUACCAAGUUAAUGUGCUUAUUACCGAUUUGAUCUUUAAUUUCUAUAAACAAAUUCAAGUGACACAAUAUAGGGAAUAAUGCGCGAGUACAAAAUAGUUGUGUUAGGCAGCGGAGGCGUGGGAAAGUCCGCCCUGACAGUGCAAUUUGUACAAGGCAUCUUUGUCGAGAAAUACGACCCAACCAUCGAAGACAGCUACAGGAAACAAGUGGAAGUUGAUGGACAGCAAUGUAUGCUCGAGAUCCUGGAUACCGCAGGUACAGAGCAGUUUACCGCGAUGCGGGAUCUCUACAUGAAGAACGGGCAAGGGUUCGUGUUGGUGUACUCUAUCACAGCACAGUCUACGUUCAAUGACCUACAGGAUCUACGUGAACAAAUCCUGCGAGUGAAAGACACGACCGACGUGCCAAUGGUUCUGGUAGGCAACAAAACCGAUCUAGAGGCGGAGCGCGUGGUUGGCAAGGAACAGGGACAAAAUCUGGCGCGCCACUUCAACUGCGCUUUCAUGGAGACGUCGGCAAAAGCGAAAAUACAUGUUAACGAUGUGUUCUAUGACUUAGUGAGACAGAUCAACAAGAAGUCCCCCAAGAAGGAUGAACACAAACCUAAUAAACGGAAAUGUAUUAUUCUGUAAGAGUGCUGUACGAGUCUCCGACGCGUCUAGGUAUAAAUAUAUUUAAUAAUUUGAAAGACUUCUUGUACCCAGAUUUGGCUCUCGGCAGUUCCCAAAGUUUAUCUAGGUCGGGUGAUGAACAUUGUUGCUUCAAAACACCUGUAUGAGAAUGUGUGUUUGUUACACUGUAUAUUACAAGUGCUGUAACACUCGUGAAAUUCAGUGUCACUGAUGAUAACCACAUUUUCUCUGUACAGGCGUAGUUAAUGAUAUCUUACUCUAUUUUGAUAGUACAGUAUUUGAGGAUAAAUUCAUUGUCUUUGUGUGUUUCACUCUAGAAAAUUCCAUUUGUAUUGUGUGGAUGCGGUUAGAUUGUGAAGUUGUAAAUGAUUAUUAAAAAAAUAUUCCUUUACUACUUAUGAUGUAAAACAUUGUAUUUUGAGCCUAUGGGGAGUGUGUCCCAUUCUUAUCUAAAACUUCAAAGUAUAUGAUUGAACAAACCGUAAUAGACUCCACAGUAAAUAUUUUUCGAUGUCAGCAUGCACUCUCCAUGGCCUCCUCAGUAUUAGAAUCGAUUCCAUAUUUUUUUCAAAACUCAGUGGAAAAUUUUAUGAAUUGUGUUAUUAUAAAUAACCAUGUUGGGUACAGACAGUCUUCUGUCAAUUACACAGGAAAAUUCCUGAGAAAACAACACAUUUGCCAUGAAACGCAUCAAGGGCACACGCAUUAAACAAACAAUUAAUAUUAUUCAUUUGAAAUUGUUAAAAUGCCAGUUAUUAAGCAUUUAGUUUUUAUUUGCUGUUUGGACCUAACAUAAGGUUGUUGACUAGAGUCUAAUUGUACUGAUUGGAAUUAUCCGUUAUGUCUAUGUGACAUUUAGACGGAGGCUGUACAAGACAAGCUCGGUGUAUUCUGUGCCAGCUGGUCUGAACCAGUGUAAUGUUUAAUAAUUAAGGAUACAUUAAAUUUUUUCAGAUAUAUUAUUGUCUUGUUAUAUAAUUCAAGUGUAUUGAAGAGAAUGUUAGCGUAACAGUUUAGAACUUGAUAAAUUUAAAUUUUAGAGAAGCCUUAGGUGAUUGCACCCUGCAGAUAGUUGUUGAUGUCUCUAUGGUGGAGUCCUGUGCCAUUUGUUGUGCUUACACCAUUGGCACUGUACAAUUGACCCCUAAAAAUAUAAAGAGUUCUAAAUAAAAAUUAUCGUUAUUAUAAAUAAAAUGAAGUUUACUAAUUACAGUCUCAUUUUUUAAUAUUAAUUAAAUACCAGCCAACGUUUUGCUGCUAGAACUUUGUUAAAAGUAAUGAUAGAUGUUUGAAAUAUUGUUACGAGAAUUAGAUGUUUCCUCAAUUUUUCUUCUGUUAAAGUUAAUGACUACUGCACAAGGAUAUUGGUAUAAAAACUUUGAUCUGAGUUUUUAAUUAUAUUUUUUUAUAUAUAUUGUGCAAAUCAAAGAAAAUAUUGUAUAUUUUUAUCUUUCGAUCAAUAAUAAUCGACAU